AUGCCGGGAAAAGUGCCGUCCUCCCUGGAUAAUUGGUGGUGCAAACCAUCGACGGAGCAGGCUUUCCUGGGGUUCUCGUACCAGGUCGAAGGCUGCCCCUCUCGCUCUCAGCUCACGUCAGACUUCAAGCGCAUGCGUCAAGAGUUUCAUUCGCGCUAUGUCCGCCUCUAUGGCGCCUGUGACUCCGGCUCUUUCAACGAUGACUUGAUUGAGAGUGCUUGGGAGGCUAAUGUGGGCAUCUACCCCUUGGUCUGGUUCGGCUUCAACAGCGACAACAAGUGGAAGAGUCGCAAGCAGAAGCUGCUGCAAGCCAUCAAGAACAAUCCAAAAGCACCCUACGUCGUCCGAGGUGUAGUGAUGGGCUCUGAACCACUUUUCGACGGCGUGUUGCCUGUCCAACAGCUAGUUGGAGAGAUGGAGGGCAUCAAGCAGGAGCUCAAGCAUUUCACUGACCAAAAGGCAAAUGGUGACUCGGCCAUGCAUGUCACCUCGAGUGAUAUGAGCUACUCGUACCAGAAGUUUGACAGUGGGUCCAAGAUCCUCCAGUCCGCUACCGUCCUCCAGGCCAAUGUGCUCCCCUUUUUCAGUCAAAGUGCCAAGUUCGGCAACAGCGCCGAUGCCAUGAAGGGCAUCAAGGACACCUACUCGUACCUACGUGACCACUCUGGCGGGCACAAGAAGAUCAUCUUUGCCCAGACUGGCUGGCCCUCCACUUCCGAAGUCUGGAAGGGCAACUCCAAAGACGCAGUCGCCUCGGUCGCUAGCGAGGAGGCUUACUUCAAGAUGCUCGACAAGGCCGCGUGUGAGGAUUCUACCUUGAGCAAGGGACCGCAGGGUGGACUUGGAUGGUUCGCACACAUCUGGAGCGAUAGUGGUCUUCCUGGAUGGGGUGUCAUUGACUCCAAUGGCAAGCCCAAGUUCAACUUCAAGCCAAGGACUACUUGUCACUAG